AGCGCGAGCGGAAUUCGCAUAACAUCUCCUCUAAUCGCCUGUGAUUUUCGAUCGAAGCAUCAAACUCGCAAGGUGAUUUCGUUGUGGACACAGCAAUGAAGUUCAAACUUCCACUGCUCGGAUUAUGCGUAAUUUUUUUCCUUCUGUCGCUUGUUGUCGGUAGAUCUGCCGGCGGGGUUGCUAAUUCUUGCAAGAAAGGAAAAUUUUUCGACCGGUCGAGGCAACAGUAUCUUCCUUGUCAUGAAUGCAAAUCCGAAAUACAGGAAUGCCUUACAUGUUGUCAAAUCGGAGGCCGAAACUCAAGAUGAUGGAAGAAACGCAAAGAACUUGAACUCAUCGACUUCUCAUCACCGAGCGAAAGACGCCCCUGGCGCGAAGAAGGAGGCACCCCGCCCUGCCAAAAUCGAGUCAUCUCUGCCAAAAGUACUCGUGGCUUCUACCGCCAGCGUGUUCUUUGUUGCUUCCUUGAUCGUUCUCUUACUUGUAGUCAUUAGAAGUUCUUCUGGGCCCAGUGAAGAGACGAACGAGGAUGCGAGCAGAUCCCAGCGCUCUGAAGUGGUGACAGAAGUCACGAUGAUGGAGCUUAAAGAUGAGAUAAACAACAGUAGCACUCUGAGCGAUGGUAACGUUCACACAUAGAUAUCACAAACACUUGUGAAUCCAUCCUGACCAGCUAAGAUGUCGAUUUUUUUUGUACGUCUUCCAUUAAGCUAAACAGACGCUUUUUAUACCGAAAGCAACUUUGCGCUAACCUCUUCAUCUCAGACUGAGAGUCUUUAACAGCCGUUGUUUGGUUAGACUUCGAGUAGUCCCUCUUUCUCUUAGACCGUCGAGUGAGAUCGUGAAGAGACCGCGAGGAAAAAAAAAAAAUGAAAUCCUGGGGGCGAGAAGCGCGCCCUUAGUCAGUUUCGCGUGGCCAUUUUUUUCUCGCGGUUUUCUUUCGCGUCACAAACGACGAACUUAACGGAAGAGGAACUUCUCGUAGUCUAUUGUUUGGUAAGUCCGCGAGGAAUCGAAUAAUGCGGUUCAUUCUAGUCGCUAGGCGCUUGCUUAUUCUUGAAGUACCCGUGAGAAUAUUUGGGAACGGGUUGCGUGUUGGCGAAUCCCUGGGUACUAGUCGCUGAUCUAUGAGAGCUAAGACGCUUUGGGAAGGUGAAGGGUCUAAGUUUUUCUAUCUUUCUUUAUACCACGAUCAAAGAUUGUCUUCUUUUGAGUAUAAACGGGUUUUUUUUAUUUCCAUAAUGAAUCGUAAUUUAUUGAACUAUUAUCCUGAUUAUUUAUAUAAACUGCUACAAGUCUAUAAUAUAAUUUAUUUAACGUUGUAAAAAAAGAGUAAAAAAUACGAGGAAUAAAAAGUGUAAUUCAGAUGUAAUACGGUGCUCCGGAUUUCCAGCGGAAAAUAUUUUAUGCGAAAACUAUGAAAAACCUUGAAAAUAAAAUAAAAUACAGUUGUGUGACCAAUAAUUUCUUUGUAGCAACAAGAUUUCCUUGUAAUUUGUAUCGAGGUUCAAUUCAUUAUAAUAUAUAAAAGGUCCUCGCCUUUUUCUCUACUCAUUGUUCUUCGAGCUAAUACCGUUCUUCGUACUUCUCUCCAAACUUCAUCUAGUCAGAAGGUACAGUUAGAAAGCUAAAUUAAAUACCUGAAAAUGAAGCGAACAACGCAUGCGCAAUUAUGAUGAGACGGAUCAACCAUUUACAUCAGUUCGCAUGACGGAGCGCUCUCACCCCAAUUUCCUGGCGCGCUAAGUAGAGAAUGCAAAUCCGGAAGACAGGAAUGCUUUACAUGCUGUCAAUCGGAGGCCGAAACUCAAGGUAAAAUGUUCGUUGGUUUAAGGCUUAGCGUAUUUAAUUAGGACAUAAAUUUUAGUUAAUUCCCAUCGAAGGGCAUGCAACAGUUUAACAACAUAUAUUUUUAAGGUUGUGUUAGGAAGUGGGAUGUCAUAUCACGACUCUUUUUUUUAGAAAUAUUAGUCUGUAAUGGUAGUAGCUCACCUAAAUAGUUAGAAUGUAUUUUACUUCCUCUCCAAAAAUGAACAAGGAAACUAGACAUAAAUUUUGACAAAUUUCUCAGUGGUUGAUCGUCAUUUGUGGCUCUCGACUAGGAUUGGGAUACCAGGCAUCGCUUUCUCGAAAUAAAUGCUUAUUUGUGAUUUCGUGUUUUGAUGCAUAAUGCAAGUCACAACUCUACUAUUAUGAUGAGACUCUACAGUUAUGACAGGGCGGAAAAAGGCACGUAUAAGCGCCCUGGUUAUGAUGAGACGGGUCAACAUUUACAUCAGCGCGCAUGACGGAGCGCUCACACCGCAAUAUCCUGGCGCGCUAAGUAGAGUUAAAAUCCGCCCAAGUUUCCGUGCCCCAUACCUUUGACCAAAUGAAAUUCUUAAACAAGGUGUAGAGCCCGAGAAAAGAAAAUCCAGCAAAUCCUACGGCACGUAUAUACCUCGUUUAAUCUUUCUAGUUCAAUUGUUAUUCAAUUGUUUGUUAAUUAUACAUUUGUUGGGCCCAUCGAGGCAGCAUCUGACUCAUUUGGGUAAAAUAGUUAUUUCUGUUGUAACCAUUAGUUUGUUAUCACGCAACGCUUCUUGAGUGACAUUGCGUGAUGAACCAAAUGAUGGAAAAUUGAGAUAAGGGUCAAGAAUGUUUUAUCACGACCUCGACGAUAUGAAAGAAGAUAUGUGUAAAGACGUAUCUAACGGUUGUAAUGUCUCGACUAAGACUAAUAAAUUGUGAUUGGUUAAAUAGCAAAAGGGGGGCUCCCCGAUUAUUAAAUCAUAGUAAAUAAAUACUUUACAACAUCUCGCUAUACUUAGACGAAGUCCACAGUUCACUGAUAGCAAAACUGCUUCACUUGCGAAACGAAUAAGGAAAUGUUGUAUUGUUGUGAGAGAAUGAAUUUCUCAUUAGGGUCGCUCGGUUUCUUUGCCUUUGUUUUCUUGUCAUUUAUUCAAGGAGGAAAUCUGCGGCCUCCUCUAUGCAAAGAUGGCAAGUUCUAUGAAGACAGCGUGUUUGACUAUUUUAACUGCUCGCUUUGUCUUGAGCAACCCCACUACAGCAACUGUAAUUUCUGUUGUUCGGCAACGGUAAAUUCAACAACUCCCUUGUCUGCUAAGACGGCCAAACCCACGCUUUUGAAAAACAGUCCGCCACCAAGUACCACAGGGUCAGACAUCGUUGGAAGCUUUCCAAAUCAAGUGGCUACAGAGAUGAAAAUCUUCAUUAUCUUCAGCUUCAUUUUAGUCGGAUUCGUGACAGUGCUUGCAAUAGCUGCCUCGUUGGCGUUUGCAAUCAAGUGCUACAGGAAAAAGAAGAAGUGGAAACUAAGGUCGUCAAGUGUCAAACUUGGAAUGCAGGAGACCCAGCUUAGCACAUCAUCACCUAUGGUGAUGGGUCAUCCACUUGGCGAGCCUGUGCCCCAGAGUCUAGAAAUCAGUAAGGAUAGAGAAUAAGUUUGAUGAAAAACAAGUUCUGACGUGAAAUCGGAAGAAGUAAAAUAUUUUCCUGCGAAGAUUUCUACAGUUCAUUUCCUCGGGAUUUAACUGAUCCCAAAAAGACGUGGGAGAUUAGAACGUAGAACUUGACGAAGGCUUUUAGUUAUGAAAAUGAGGUUAACUUGACGACAGCUUUUAUAGCAGUAGGGAAAUAAUUUAUUUAGCAGUCUGAUGAUCGCUUCAAGUGUGAAACUCGGGUAACUGUAGUUUCUCUUUUUAAUUUGUACUUUGCUAUGCAUGUAUUUGUAUCAAGCUCUUCUGCGAUUGUGUGAAACCACUUCUAUUUUUCCUUGUUUAUUUAGCUUCUUUCUAUAUAUAUGUACUUGUUGCUCGUGUUAUUUGUACACGUCUUUGCGCAAUCCAGAAAUAGAGUAUUCAUCACUGGUCAGUCCAGCUCAAUCUGUGUCCAGUUACCAAAAAAAAUGAAAAAAGCGUAUAAAAGCUGGACAAA